AUGACUGGCACCCAGUCUAGGCAGGCACCGCUAGGGCCACUGUGUUGUUCCUCUCAUAAAGCUUAUCCUUUAGCUGCCCUGCUUACCACCUGUCUACCUAGUUGGGAGAUCUACCACUGUCUGGCCAGCGCCCAGCAGGGUAACUGCCCUUCCUUUCUGGCUGCUGCUUUAGCCAGAGCCACAUCAGACGAAGUCCUCCAGAGUGACCUUUCUGCUCACUGCAUCCCAAAGGAGACGGAUGGCACAGAAGGGACUGUGGAAAUCGAGACAGUGAAACUGGCCCGUUCUGUCUUCAGAAAACUACACGAGAUUUGCUGCAGCUGGGUUAAGGACUUCCCUCUGCGCAGGAGGCCUCAGAUUUAUUAUGAAACGUCAAUCCAUGCCAUCAAAAACAUGCGAAGAAAAAUGGAGGACAAGCAUGUCUGCAUCCCUGACUUUAAUAUGCUCUUCAACCUGGAGGACCAGGAGGAACAAGCUUACUUUGCAGUGUUUGAUGGCCACGGGGGAGUGGACGCUGCCAUUUAUGCCUCCGUUCACCUACAUGUUAACUUAGUGCGCCAGGAGAUGUUCCCCCAUGAUCCUGCUGAGGCUCUCUGCCGGGCCUUCCGUGUCACGGAUGAGCGGUUUGUGCAGAAGGCAGCCAGGGAGAGCUUACGAUGUGGGACCACAGGAGUAGUGACUUUUAUCAGAGGCAACAUGCUCCACGUGGCAUGGGUGGGCGAUUCCCAGGUUAUGCUUGUAAGAAAGGGUCAAGCUGUGGAGCUCAUGAAGCCACACAAGCCAGACAGAGAGGAUGAAAAGCAGCGAAUUGAGGCCCUUGGAGGUUGUGUAGUUUGGUUUGGUGCCUGGAGGGUGAAUGGAAGUCUAUCAGUAUCCAGAGCCAUAGGAGAUGCUGAACAUAAGCCAUAUAUUUGUGGAGAUGCAGAUUCUGCCUCAACUGUUUUGGAUGGGACUGAAGACUACCUCAUUCUGGCCUGUGAUGGCUUCUAUGACACCGUGAACCCUGAUGAGGCAGUGAAGGUUGUGUCUGACCACUUGAAAGAGAAUAAUGGAGACAGCAGCAUGGUUGCCCACAAAUUAGUAGCAUCAGCUCGUGAUGCAGGGUCAAGUGAUAACAUCACUGUUAUUGUGGUAUUCCUGAGGGACAUGAACAAAGCUGUAAAUGUUAGUGAGGACUCAGAGUGGACAGACAACUCUUUUCAAGGAGGGCAAGAAGAUGGUGGGGAUGAUAAGGAGAAUCAUGGAGAGUGCAAACGCCCCUGGCCUCAGCACCAGUGCUCAGCACCAGCCGAUCUAGGCUAUGAGGGGCGUGUGGAUUCAUUCACUGAUAGAACUAGCCUGAGCCCAGGGCCCCAAAUCAACGUGCUGGAAGACCCAGACUACCUAGAUCUCACACAGAUAGAAGCAAGCAAACCUCACAGUACCCAGUUUUUGCCACCAGUUGAAAUGAUUGGUCCUGGUGCACCAAAGAAAGCAGAUCUUAAUGAGCUAAUAAUGGAGGAAAAAUCAGUCAAGUCAUCAUUGCCUGAACAGAGUGGUGCUGGAGAGUUUCUGGCUUCUUUUAAUUUGGGUUCAACAGGGCAACAGAUAUGCAGAAUGGAGAGCUUGUCUCCUGUCUGUUCUGGGUUGGAAAAUGAACAGUUCAAAUCCCUGGGGAAAACAGCGUCUAGAUUGUAUCAUUUACGCCACCACUACUCCAAAAGGCAGCGUGGAUUCAGGUUUAAUCCAAAGUUUUAUUCAUUUCUUGCUGCUCAAGAGCCUUCUCACAAAAUAGGCAUUAGCCUCUCCUCACUUACUCGAAGUGGGAAGAGAAACAAGAUGUUAAGAAGUUCUUUGCCAUGGAGGGAAAAUAGUUGGGAAGGAUAUAGCGGAAACAUGAAGAUUAGAAAGCGUAACGAUAUUCCAUGCCCAGACCUUCCCUGGAGCUAUAAAAUAUAAGAGUUUUCUUCAAUGUAGGUUAGCUAGAUCUCUCAAAACACAACUCUCAGAGUAGAAACAAGGUAGACAUUUCUAAAGUACAUGUGCUUCAUUAUGAAUCCAUUGAUGGCUCAAUCCUUAAAUGUACAUAUAUCUCUAGGAAACUCAAAAUAGUGUUUUCAAUCUUAAAAACAAAAGUAUUGGCGGUUUCACUAGCAAAACCAUACAGCUGGUCCCUGUGAUGUGUCUACGCCUACAUACAGCUCCCUCUCCACCAUCCCUUCAUGUCACUAGUGGAAGCUUGGAAGUUAUUCCAGUCAGGAUAUACGGUAUAGAGAUUGCAGGUAUCUGGUCUGAUGUGCCUAACUUAAAGGAAACAGUGCAGAAUUAGAUUGCUUGGGUGAGUGAAAGACUAAAAGCCACACGGGUCUUAACCGCUGAUAGUGAACCAGUACCAAAGUGUCAUCUUCUCAGACUUGAAGGCAGUAUGCAGUAAGAUAAUGUAUUCAUUUUUCAUAGAAAAUGAAAGGCAACUAUGAAUAUUUUUAAUUAAACUAUUUCACAGGGUUUUAGUUAUUUGAAAGUUUCAUAACCUGUUAUGGUGCUUUUGGUGGAGUUUUGUUACUCAUUUUAGGAGACCCCUGUCGGCUGGCUGCCACCUGUGAUGCUGCUCUUCACAGGGCCAUCUUCUCAGGAAUAAACGGGGUGAAGAGAUGAUGGCAGG